AUGGCCCCAAUUCGCCCCGUGCUGUGUCAGGUCUUGUUCGAAUACCAAGCAGUUUCGAUCUCCUCACGAAACAAGGAAGAGUUUGCUCCAAAGCACUCGACCCCUCAACAUACGAAUUCCCUGACAUAUCAAAAACUUGUGCGCUCUUUCAAGGGAGCCAAUAUGUGUGUCUAUGACAUCCCUGCGGGUUUGUUCCGCGAGGCCUUCAGCGCUUUCUUCAUCAAUGCUGAUUUUUCCGUAGACAUACCUCUACUCGAGGAUCUCACCAUGGUCUACGGGCUUCUUGAUCACUAUUCCCUAUAGGCACCGGGAGGUAAUAACAUUUGAAGGUGAGCUCGCCCGCUGGUGAUUAAAAAGGGAAACAGCUCAUCAUGCG